AUGAAUGCCGUCAGAGAAAAGGUCGAUGAAGGUCUUCCACGAAAGUCAACUCAGCAGGAGAGGAAGAUUGCCGAAGAUGAAGCGGUUAAAGGCUUUUCCGUUGGUCGCAUUGAUUCGAAAUCGAUUGGGAACCAAAAUGCCAGUACAGGUGCUGCUUCUGACCAGCCUGGCCAAAAUCGACCAGGCCAAGGUCACGAUCUAUCCUUAAUACUUGACGACAAGCUAGUCACUAUCAAAGACCAAAUACAAAUGUAUACUACUAAUCAGCUAUUGUCGUACCCGCUGGUUUCGCCUGUCAUUGAGACAUCUCUGGGUGGCCUUCCACCACUAUUGAUAAUGGUUGGUGGAGGUGAGAUCCUGCGCGAUGAGCAGAUCUACCUUGCUCAUAAAGCUGCUAAUCCAGUAAAAUAUCCACCUGGUGACGCAUUUCUUGAAGAUGUACCUAACGCUAAAGAAAUUUUGGAGAAGUACCGACCCACUGACGUACAGCUUCAAGUAUGGGAUGACUUAUGCCACGUUGGCCCAACUCUGAGCUUCACGCGACCUGCUAAAUUCAUGUAUCGGUCGAUCGCUCAAUUUGGCGCAUGGUCUCUCGCGAAAGCACAAAAGACCGAGAUCGACAUUCAAGACGAUGAUGACAUGUCAAUCAUCUCAUCAGGCUCAGAUACUGACGGCGAAGACAGCCUAAAAAAGCCAUCCCAAACCAAAACGACUAUGAAAAAUGGGGUAGCCCAAGGUGGCACAUUAGCAAGUGAUCAAGUCGGCAAGGCAGGCGACCAACUCCCACCCUUCAAGAAUCAUAUGAUCCGUCAACGAGUAGAUAGACACGGCAAUAUUUUCCCGCUAGACCCAGCAUCUUCACUUCCUGCUCUGAACGUACCCGCCAAUGACAUCUGCGUGAUCAAGUCAGGUCCAGCGAAAGCCAAGUGGGACGGGAAGUACGCUCGCGAGAAACGAAAGGUACAGAAGCAACGCGCCAAGGAGAUGGCAGAGGGCUUUCAAACUUUUGACGAGGACGAUGUACCCCCGCCUUCAGCAUUGGCAGGUCGCAGGGGUCUGAAAAUGCAAGUGGCGGAGCAGAAGAACAAACGAAGUUGGGGCAUGAGCCUAUGGUCACGCUGGGGCAGCUCACACGACGAGAACACAAUCGAGCGGGAAGAGAAAGCUGACAAAGAGGUGGAGAAGGCAGCAGUGUCCGAAGACAAGACAAGUAAUACGAACCCUACUAGGCCAUCAACUUCGCGUUCUAAGUCACGCAGGAGGACAGUCACUUACACAGCCCAAGAUGACGUUGAUGAGAAAAUGGGGCUUAAGGAAUUACGCCAGAAACAGCAAGAGACCAAUGAUGUCCCAACCAUCACCACGACUUCCACAGAGCCCGUAGUCAAUGCCGCAGACCAACCCCGUCCUUCAGCAGGAGGUAAAGCCUUUCCCUUCAAGCUAGGCACCCAGCUCCUUGACGACGGGCGCAACGCAAGCACUCUGACGCUGAUGAGCCAAGCACCUGUCGGAACGCCAAAAGGCGAUGAAAAGGGAAAACAAUUAGGCGAAAACAUGCCUCUUGGCGCUGGUGUAGAAGACCGAAGGAUGACCAUGGAGGACGCAGGAGGUGUGUUGCACAAAGGUCCUGCACCACCACCGGCUCCUCCCCCAGCCGCAACGUCCACACCAGUAGAGAACGACCCAAGUCAAGCAAAGGGCGUAGAUAUCGACAACUCUCCCGCUGCCGCUGCCGCAGAGGAUAGGAGAAUGACCCUCGAAGACGCAACCGGCGUGCUGCAUCAUGGCGCUGCACCCCCAUCCCCACCACAGCAAGCACCCUCUCAGCCUGCCCCAUCUCACAUUUCCUCCUCACCCCCCACCUCUUCUCCAGUUAUGAAUGAGCAAGCACCACCCAGACGUAUGACUCUCGAAGACUCCAGCGGCGUCUUACACCAAGGCCCCGCCCCCGCUCCUGCUCCGUCUCCACCUUCACGACCAGCUGUAGAGCAGGAAGGUGCGGGAGAGGUGGGAGAUGGGGAUGGGGAGGGCUCAGGCGAGACGACUCCCAUCGCGGAGGCGGUGGGGGGGAGGAGGAUGACGGUCGAGGACGCGAGUGGUGUAUUACAUAAAACAGCCGAAGCAGUGGAAAGGCCUGGUCUCGAGAGGUUCGAGACGGCUAGAGAGGACUAG